AUGGCGCGACGUAAUGAUCCACUGGAUUGUAAAGUUUAUGUUGGUGGCUUGCCGCAAGAUGCAACUUCACAGGAGCUGGAAGAUGCUUUUAAUCGAUUCGGAAGAAUCCGUAAAGUUUGGGUAGCUCGACGCCCACCUGGUUUUGCAUUUGUGGAGUUUGAAGAUAGUCGUGAUGCUGAAGAUGCUGUUAAAGCGUUAGAUGGGACGCGCAUCUGCGGUGUUCGUGCACGAGUUGAACUGUCGCACGGUAGACGUCGUAAUGGUGGCUACGGUGGUGGGUACGAUUCCAGACGUCGUUCGAGGUAUUGCUGGAGUUUUGCGUUUUUAUGUCAUAAUUAA